CGUGUAUGCGUUGCACAAUUGAUUUGGGCCUUUCAUCGGCCUCUAUCUCUAUUCUUUUGUUUUGUUUGCUUUUAGCUUUCUAUUGCUCUCAUUCUCUCUAGCGUGUAACCUCCGAACAAAAUAAUAAUAAGGGCAAACCCUUCUAACAAAGAAGCCCUCUGUCUCCCUUUCCCUUCCCUUCUCUGUCAAAUGCCCAGACCCUACAAAAACAAAAAACCAACGAAAUUUAUCUGAUAAAAAAAAUCAAUUAACACACAAAAAUAAAACGUGAGAUUGAACUUUGCUUACUUGUUCUUCUACUUAUCUCUUAAACUUGUAAUUUAUAAUCUAAUUUUUAUUGAUCUGAGAACAAAAAAAGAAAAAAGGAUCUUGUUCAAUGCCCACUUUGUAGAGGGCAAGGUAAGGGUUUUCAUCCGGAUCAACAAAUUGGGGGAAAUUUCCUAUAUUGGGAACUGAUUAGGGUUCUGAUCAGAGUAUAAAUGGGCUCAACCUCUCGUAUUUGGAUUCUUGGAUUGAAGAGUUAUUUGUCUCAAGCUUUAGUUUUUGAACAGAUUGCUUAAGAAAAAAGGUGAUUGCAAAGCUCUUGGUCAUGGAAGAAGAUUGCUUUCAUAUAGAAUUGUGUAGAUAGUGAUCAGAAAAGCUUGAAAAUUUACUUGUUUCAAAGAAAAGGGUAUUUGGGUUUUUAGUAUUUUUUUAUGUGUUUGAUCUCAAUUGGGGGAUGGUUUUGAUAUUGGGUUAUUAUUGGAAGGAGGAGGUGAUGGUUCUUUAUUGUCCCGGCAGGCAACGUAGAAGAUCAGAUUGUACCGGACCAUUUUUGUUUUCUAGAGAGACGUUUGGUUUAACAUAGUUUUGGAGCUAGAAUUCUUGAUCAAUAGAACAUUUCUUUAAGCUAUCUUUCUAUUUAGGUCAUUGUUGAAGUAGCUUAGCGUAAGACUGUAGUAGGUUUAUUAAGUGAUUGCAGACUUGCAGGGCUGAUUUUCACAUUUUAACUGAUUCGUUUAGUGAUAGAUAGUUGAUUUGGGUUGCCUUUGAGGUUAGGGAGGUUAAGGGACUUGGUGGGUUUAGGAAAAUUUUCAGCUGUUAAACUUAAUAGUGACAGGAGUUCAUGGAGGAAAAUUGAAGCCGGAAAUGUGUGCAGGGAUAUAGUGCAUGGACAGGAGCAUAGUUACUGGUUGUUCCCUUUCUGGAACAUUGCUACUGGAAGAUAAUCCAAGUGUUUUGGCUUUUGGAAGGCAUUCGUGUUUUGCGUUCUGAACUUCUGUGAAAUGUCGCGUUGCUUUCCUUUCCCACCACCAGGAUAUGAAAAGAAGGCUAGGACCGAUGACGUGGACUUACUAAAACAGGAGAAGCAAAAAGAGAGGAAGCAUAAGAAGGAGAAGAAGAAGGACAACGAGAAGAGAGAAAAUAAAGAAAAAAAGGAGAAAGAUAGAAGUGAUGGAAAGCAUAAGGAUAGGAAAGACAAAAAGGAAAAACACAAAGACAAAAAGAAGGAAAAGGAUAAAGAUAAAGAAAAAGAUCGAAGUAAUAACACAGAGGAGAAGAAAUUUCCUGGUCAUCCCGAGAGUCAAAAUGGGAAGAAAACCUCAGAUGAGAAGAAACUUCCAGGAAAAUCUGAAGGUCACAGUGGGGAGAAGUUUAUUCAGAAAGAGAAGGGUAGGGAUAAAGAUCGAAGCAGUUUCUCAGGUGAUAAGAAACUUGCUGGGCAAUUUUCAGGUUGUAAUGGGGAGAAGAUUAGCCAGAAUAGCCGUCUGGCUGAAGAUUUCAGGGAUUCUAAAUUUGUGCAGGAGUUGGGGAGGAGGGUCAGAGAUGAAGGUGCAGGAGCUGCAAACGAAUUGGUGGAUAAGUUUAUGGGUACCAAUGGGAAAAGAGAUGAGGGAAUGGUCAGACCGGUGGCUAAGACUGCCAACACAUUGGCUGAAGAGAAGGAAAAGGACAAGAAAACUGAUGAUAGGAAGUUCAAUGUGCAAGGAAUCAAGGAGGAGACAAGAUCUGGUGGAAAUGCUGUGGUUCAGAACCUUGCUGGAGCAGUUAAAGCUAGAGUUGAAGGGAUCCCCAGACAAGUGGAGAGUAAUACUAAGAGGCAGGGUGAAGGGAAAGAAAAAACCAAAGAAAAAGAAAGUGAUGUUAAAAAUAAGGAUAAGCGCAAGGAUAAAGACAGGGAGAAAAAACGUCAUGGGAAAGAUAAGGAUAGGGAGAAGGAGAAGGAGAAGGAGGAGAAGGCGAAAGGUGAACAUAGGAAUUUGGAGCAGGAUAACUUAAAAGGAAGCAACAAAGUUGACCCUGAGGAUAUCAUUAAUCUGAAAACAUCACAUCCUUCCAAGGAGGGCAACAAGGGUGCUGUUGCUGAGGAAAAUUGCCACAAGCGGAAGGACUUGGGGAAAAAUGGAUAUCUUCAUGUUAAUGAUAUUAAACCCAGUAAGUUGCCAAGAACUUCUACCUCUCAUCCAUCGACGGACAAUGGAAGGACAUUGGAAUCUUGUAAAGCUACCAUCCCAUUUACUUCAGAUAGCCAGGGGGCAGGAACCACUCUUAAAGUGGAUAAUAAAGAACGCAAGGUGAAUGGUAUCAUUGAAACUCAGCUGUUAUCUGUCUCCCCAACAAAGCAUUUAUCAGCAAGUGCACAAGCUAGUCAAAUAGAUGAAGUGUCUUUGAAACCACCCCAUCCGGAUUCCAAGUAUUUGAGCCAAGUACUUUCAGUGCCCAAAAUGGAAAAAUGGUCUGAUUUUGAUGACCAAUCAUGGCUAUUUCACAGUAAUGAAUCUCAAUCAAAGAAGCCCAAGGUGGGUUUUUCUAAGAUUGACGAGGCACCACAAGUGUGGGCAGAGGCUCUGCAGAUAGAGUCAGCUGAUGUUUGUGCUCUCCCAUAUGUUAUUCCAUACUGAUUGUCUCUAUUAGUGGGCACAUGAUUAACCUCCUACACUGCAGCAGGAUUUGGCCCUUUGGGCGGAUUGUUUGAUUUCUGUUCAGCAUUCUUUUGUUGUCGAACUCCCGUGUUGCAGUGAAUGUUUUUGCAUGACUGAUUGCCAAACUUUGUUGAUCUUUCGCAUCAACAAUCACAUUCUCUAUCAUGUCAUUCUACUGCUGGAAGUAGAGGGUGGGUAUUUUUGCCUCCAGGUACCAAACUACUAAUUCAUUCAAAACACACAAUGCCAGAAAAGGCAACCGAAAGACAUCGGUGCCUUAAGGGAGAUGUAUAAGCUUGUGCAAUUCUUAUUUUAAUUGAUUAAAGCUGUGAAGCUCUUUCUAAUUGAGAAUGUAAGAGAAACUAGCUGUGGUCUUUGCUACUCCACUGCAAUUUUGAUUUGUAACAUAGAACUCUUAUUUACAAGAAAUGUAAGAUAGAGGGAAAAAGAAAGUAGUAGCAUUCAUUUAAUCACCUCUCCUGUAACUGUUGCUUAUUGUCUUCCUGUUUGCCCAUGAGUUUUGAGUCUCAUCUUCCAUUGUCCUUUGUUCCCGUGUUUCUCCAUUAAAGGCUUGUCCUGGUCUAGCAGUUAGCCACACCCAUCCUACUGCCUGAAAUCUCAUGCUAGUUCUCAAAACUGUCUGAUAUGCAAUCCUGAUC